UUAUGAAUUGUCAGAAAUUCAGUAUUAUUAUGUUCUAUUUAUUGUUUGUUUUUAAUUAUUAAAUUGAUAUUAUCAGUAAUAUAGAAGCUAAAUGAAUAAGUAUUUACUUUGCACAUUGUGUAGUUGUGUUAGUUCGUUUUACAGUGCACUGAAUUGAAUAAAUUGUUCCGAAAAUGUCGAAGCAAAACAUUAUGUUUCAUCCUAUAAUCAGCUCUAUCCAACGAAUAGCACUUUACGAAACUAAAGCGAGAUUCUAUUUGAUUGGUUCAAAUAACACAGAAACAAGAUUUCGCGUCCUCAAAAUCGAUAGGACAGACCCUCGUGAGCUGAUACUGGUUGAUGACAAGUUUGAAUACAACAAGCAGGAGAUACACCAGCUCCUCAACAUGAUAGGGUUUGGAAACAGGAUGGGUAGGACUGGACUCAAUAAACUGGUGUCAGCAUUUGGGAUUGUUGGUUUCAUAAGAUUCUUAGAAGGUUACUACAUAAUACUAGUAACUAAGAGAAGAAAAGUCGCUGUUAUCGGUUCACACACCAUAUACAAAAUAGAAGACACUGCAACAAUAUACAUUCCAAAUGAGAGUAGUAAGCCUCCACACCCAGAUGAACAGAGAUACUUGAAGAUGUUCCUGGCCAUAGAUCUGUCGACCAACUUCUACUACAGCUAUAGCUAUGACAUCACACACACACUACAAAUGAACAUGGCACCUCCGAGACAACUCGCUCCAGCGUUGUUCCCUAAACCUGUAACAGCUGCCGUUUACCAGUCCAGGUCAAGUAGCAACCAAGAACCAGAAGACAAAUGUGAAUGUCACAAAUAUGAUGAAAAUGACGAAGAUAUAUUUGAAACUUGGAAGAGUCAAUUGGAACAACGGCAAAAGUCUGGCAACAGUCGUCUGAGGCUAGACUUUGGUGUGCGCUCAGUGCCUGAAUGGCGGUUUGUAUGGAACAGUCAUUUGCUGUCAGCAGUACACUCGCAUCUCCACCCUGACUGGAUCCUGUACAUAGUCCAUGGUUUUGUAGAACAGAGUAACUUGAAUAUAUUUGGCCGACCCAUAUACCUCACUCUCAUAGCUAGAAGAAGCAACAGAUAUGCAGGUACGAGGUUCCUCAAAAGAGGUGCAAACAUGCAUGGAGAUGUUGCUAAUGAGGUUGAGACUGAACAAAUUGUUCAUGAUUCUAUGGUAUCAUCAUUUGCUGCAGGCAGAUUCAGUUCCUUUGUCCAGAUGAGAGGUUCCAUACCAAGUUAUUGGUCUCAAGAUGUUUCAAAAAUGGUACCAAAGCCACAGAUUGCAAUAGACUUGAGUGAUCCAUUUGCUGAAAUACCUGGGAAGCAUUUGAACAAUUUAAUGAGAAGAUAUGGCUCUCCAAUUAUGUUUUUGAAUUUAGUUAAGAAGAGAGAAAAGAAGAAACAUGAAUCUUUGUUGACUGAUGUGAUAAGUAAUGGGAUAAAGUAUUUGAAUCAGUUCCUGCCUCCUGAACAUGCUGUACAGUACUAUCACUUGGAUAUGGCGCGAACAAAUAAAAGAUCUGAUGCUAAAGUCUUGGACAAAUUGUCUGCCAUUGCUCGUACUGUAGUUCGUAAGACUGGUAUAUUUCUAAGUUCUAACUGGUACGGCGAAGUGACAGGAGUGCCUGGCCACCAAGGCGGCAAGUUGCAGACUGGGCUAGUGCGCGUCAACUGUGUGGACUGCCUGGACAGAACUAAUACUGCACAAUUCGCUAUUGGAAAAUGUGUGUUAGCGCAUCAGUUAUAUGCCUUGGGACUUAUAGGAGAACCUAACAUAGAAUUCGAUUCAGACUGCGCCCGGCUUCUUGAAGGACUAUACGAAGACCACGGCGAUACUCUAGCUUUGCAAUACGGAGGGUCGCAAUUAGUACACAGAAUAAAAACUUAUCGUAAGACUGCGCCAUGGUCGUCACACGGUAACGAUAUAAUGCAGACUUUAAGUAGAUACUACUCCAACACGUUCUCUGACGCUGAGAAACAAAAUACAAUGAAUUUGUUCCUUGGGCUGUUCAUACCAGACCCGUCCCGACCACCAAUUUGGGAGUACCAGACUGAUUACUAUCUACACCAUCCAGAAGCAAUGGUGUAUAUUCCUAGGAACAGUUCCUUAACAAAAUGGUGGGAUGAUGACGUGGUCCGGCACUUGCCUCUGCCGUGCAACGAGAUGAGGAAGCUGUGUUGUGAGAUCAUUGGCAUGCAGGGCGAUAGUAGCAACACUAUUGAGAUGGUCGACGCUUACAACGAUUAUAACAGGCCCUUCGAAUAUACCGUGCUCAUGGAGUGUUUUGAAUUCAAGAUGUUCCACACACUCCGAGACCUGGCCCCGACGUUUUCAGAGAGUUUCAGUCCGUUCAUAGUGCGCGGCCGGUCCGGCGUGGGGCCGACUAAGGGGCCCACAUCCAAGAACCCGGUCAUCAGUGGCCGAUCCAGCACCACUUCUAAUAAUUCUAGCGACUCCAAUGGGGAUUCAUCAACUGAUGAUGACUUGACGAACUCGACUCCAAGCGCCCGGUUCUCAGUGCCAUCACCACUCACAAUGGUGGCGAAGAUAUUAAAAGCCAAAGAAGUUGAAGAAACACCAAUGUUCCCCGCCAUCAAACGAAUUAACAGGAUCGCAUUAAAGGAGCCCAGUAAACGAGAUAGGGUCAUGUACAACCGGUACGUGAAUUUCGAACGUCGUUCCAAUCCCCGCUACAAGUCAGACAUCCACAUAGUGAUGACCGUCAAUAGUGCGUUUACUAUCGACAGUUCUGUGGACGUUAUUCCGCCGACCGUGUCCAAAGCAUCACGCGAAAUAUAUCGCGAAUAUGUCCAAAGAGGUUCCGGAAACGUUAAAGUGAAUAUAAAUUCUAUGACAUGUUACCAGAAAUAUGUUAAUUUCAGUCUAUAACUUUAGUAUUUCAGUUUUCACGAAUUUGUUAUAAAUAAUGAUGUAUGCAACUGUUAUUAUACAUAUUAUUUCGAUAAUUUAAAAAUAAGUGUAAGCUUUACAAGAUUCUUAUCCAAUUUAUACAUAAAUAAUCUAAAAUGUUUAAAUAAAAUUAAAAUAAAAUGGACAAAAUUAAAAUGUUAUCUAAA